UUAGACAACAACCUGCUGGGUACCCCAGGUGAGAUCACAGCAGAGGAGUUGUUGAGUCGGCUGCAGCAGAUUAAAGAUGGACCAGAGCAGCAGCAGCCUAGCAUCAACACCAGUGAGACUGGAGAAGCUACAGGAGAACCGACAGAACCGGCGGAAGGUCCAGAGGACCCGUCUAACGGCGACACCCUCUUGGAUUGGCUGAACACCGUCAGGCGGACAGGCAACACCACCCGCAGUGGUCACCGAGGCAACCAGUCAUGGCGGGCAGUGAGCCGGACCAACCCAAACAGCGGAGACUUCCGGUUCAGUCUGGAGAUCAACGUUAACCGUAACCUGGCUGAGCAGCAGGCCCGCGCGGAGGGGGAGACGGGCGAGGGGGAGGCUCAGGAGGAAGGCCCAGCAGAAGCACCUGGCGAUGGGGUGGAGGCAGUGGUCGGAGUGGAGGUCCAGGCAGGGACUGGGGCAGGGAAUGGGGCAGGGACUGGGGCAGGGACUGAGGCAGGGACUGGGGCAGGGACUGGGGCAGGGGGACUGAGGCAGGGACUGAGGCAGGGACUGAGGCAGGGACUGAGGCAGGGACUGAGGCAGGGACUGAGGCAGGGACUGAGGCAGGGACUGAGGCAGGGACUGAGGCAGGGACUGGGGCAGGGACUGGGGCAGGGACUGGGGCAGGGACUGGGGCGCCCAUGGAGACAGGAGAGGUGCUGGAGGAACCAGUUGUGGAGGAGAUGGCUCAGCCGCCCAGCCCUGUCACCGCCACCCCUCCUGUCUCCAGACCAGCCAGUCCCCUGGUACAGGCCGCCCCCACCCCCCAGCCCGCCCCCUGAGGAGCCUCCCCGACGUGGCCAGAGACGAGCCCGCAGCCGUAGCCCUGAGCAGCGCCGGACCAGGGCUCGCACCACACGGAGCCGUUCCCCCUCACCCUGGACCGACUGGACGGCCUCCCCCGCCACGUGCCCAACACCGCCCCUUCACACAGCCCCCCACCCUGCCCCCCAGGCCCCGGCAGAGGGAAGCUCACGGACUCGACAGCAUGUUCUGUCCCGGCAAAGCACUGCAGAGUACGAAGUCCAGUCAGCCGGAACAGGGUCUGGGAACGCCCCAGAGCCCGUUACCACCCCACCCCAGGAGGGAGAGGCCGCGGGCGGGGAGGGAGCAGCAGGACGACGUCCCCCCACUAUCAUGCUGGACUUGCAGGUGCGUCGUGUUCGUCCAGGUGAGUACCGCCAGAGGGACAGCAUUGCUAACAGAACCCGCUCACGCUCCCAGAACUCCAACAACACCUUCCUGUACGAGAGUGAGAGGGGGGGGUUCCGCAGGACCUUCUCCCGGUCUGAGCGUGCGGGUGUGAGGACGUACGUCAGCACCAUCAGGAUCCCCAUCAGGAGGAUCAGUGAUGCAGGGUUGGGAGAGGCCACCUCCAUGGCUCUGCAGACCAUGAUACGACAGAUCAUGACCGGCUUCGGAGAGCUCAGCUACUUCAUGGACUCAGACUCUGACUCCUCGGACUCAAACCGUGGCGGUGGUAACCCCACUGGCGCUGCCGACCUAGCAGAGGCGCUCAACACUCCCGACGGGGGAGUAGCUGGUAUGGCGGAGGGGGCGGAGCCUCCUGUCUCAGUGGGUGGGCCUAGUGUGGGAGGAGCCGGGGAGGCAAGGACAGAGGAGGGGGAAGAGGGGGUUGGUGUAGGUCUGGCCCCAGGGAUAGGUUUAGGGGUGGGGGGCACCCCCAGAGAGGGGCGAGCUCGGCCCCGUGCCCCCAUCAGUCUGGAGGAACCAGGGUCACUACCCUUCCUCCGCCUUGCUCACUUCUUCCUCCUGAAUGAUGAGGAUGAGGAACAGCCCAGAGGACUCACCAAGGAGCAGAUCGACAACCUCUCCACCAGGAACUUUGGGGAGAGUGAUGCUCUGAAGACCUGCAGUGUGUGUAUCACAGAGUAUGCUGAGGGGAACAAGUUGAGGAAGUUGCCCUGUUCUCAUGAGUACCAUGUUCACUGUAUCGACCGCUGGUUGUCUGAGAACUCCACCUGUCCUAUCUGCCGCAGGGCCGUGUUGGUGUCUGCUAACCGGGAGAGUGUGGUCCUACAGCCCAGGCCCUGUGGGCUGGCUGUGGUGUCGGUGGAGGUGAGAUAUAAGAGGUCCAUCCCUGUACAGGUGAGUCACCUGGACCACCUGGUGUUGACCGUGAAGAGUGUUCCAACCACCAGCAACUUCUACUCCUCUGUCCUGGGCAUGGAGACCAUCAUUAAGUUUGCUGACUCCUCGGACUCAAACCGUGGCGGUGGUAACCCCACUGGCGCUGCCGACCUAGCAGAGGCGCUCAACACUCCCGACGGGGGAGUAGCUGGUAUGGCGGAGGGGGCGGAGCAUCCUGUCUCAGUGGGUGAGCCUAGUGUGGGAGGAGCCGGGGAGGCAAGGACAGAGGAGGGGGAAGAGGGGGUUGGUAUAGGUCUGGCCCCAGGGAUAGGUUUAGGGGUGGGGGGCACCCCCAGAGAGGGGCGAGCUCGGCCCCGUGCCCCCAUCAGUCUGGAGGAACCAGGGUCACUACCCUUCCUCCGCCUUGCUCACUUCUUCCUCCUGAAUGAUGAUGAUGAGGAACAGCCCAGAGGACUCACCAAGGAGCAGAUCGACAACCUCUCCACCAGGAACUUUGGGGAGAGUGAUGCUCUGAAGACCUGCAGUGUGUGUAUCACAGAGUAUGCUGAGGGGAACAAGUUGAGGAAGUUGCCCUGUUCUCAUGAGUACCAUGUUCACUGUAUCGACCGCUGGUUGUCUGAGAACUCCACCUGUCCUAUCUGCCGCAGGGCCGUGUUGGUGUCUGCUAACCGGGAGAGUGUGGUCUAACCUGGAGAGCUGGAGGUCAGGGGUCAGCGGUGCUCCAGGCAGACAGCUCCAGUAUAUAACACCGUGUCAGUUCUGCAGGCCUUUCUCCUAGUCAGACCAUUUACAUUGUUCAUGUUUUCAUUCUUAAGACAUCACUGACUUUUAUCCAACUGACAUGCUGGUGUUUGGAGAGACGGAGACAGACGAGACGGAGACAGACAGGAAGGUGGUAUCCUCAUAGUGUAGUAAGAGAC